AUGAUGCGUCAACUCCAUCUGAGUGAAGGUGAUUUUGUACGUAUCACGUACAGUUCAUUACCGAGUGCAACGUAUGCGAAGUUCAAGCCACAGUCGACUGACUUUCUCGCCAUCUCGAAUCCACGAGCGAUGCUCGAAGUGGAAUUACGCAAAUUCGCGUGUCUCACCAAAGGCGAUAUUAUCGCUGUUCAGUAUAACGAUCAACUGCUUGAAUUUUUGGUGAUGGAAGUGAAGCCAGGAAAUGCAGUAGCGAUAAUUGAAUGUGAUAUGAACGUGGAAUUCGAUGCACCUGAAGGUUACGUGGAACCGUCAUCAUCCACAGAGACCGCUUCCAAUUCAAAGGUUAUCGUUGUGUCGUCAACAUCAUAUUAUUCCACAGUAAUAUAG